UCUCAGUGGCAAACACGCAAAACAUUAAUCACAGUCUAUUUUGACAUAAACUGAGAAUACACCUGAAUAAAUAUAUACAAUUAUAAAUGAUUAGGCUGUCAUCUGGAACUGGUUGCGGUUUCUGCUACGCACUCAAAAUUUAAAUUGAAAUACCGAGUAUAUACAGAGAGAGAUUCAUCUUUCCUUCAGAUUGGUUAUGAAAUUUCAUUUGCUAUGCUGUCUACUAGUGGGCAUGGCCCAACACCUUCUUCUUCUGUCACCUGCCGAGGGGGCAAAGAUAUUGGCUGUGUAUGCGUUUCCAGGCAAAAGUCAUUAUAUGAUGCACACGGCACUGAUAAGAGAGCUGAUUGAACAUGGACAUCAAGUGACCAUGAUAGCGGCCUUCUCCUUGGAACAACAUCACUUGGGUAGCAAUUAUACAGAGAUAUUGAUAGAGCCAGUCUAUGAUUUCUGGCAUGAUGUGAAGCUAAAUUUUGGUGCCCAGCAUUUGUUUGAGUUGACCCGCAUGACAAAUUAUGAUUUCCUACAAAUGCUGGAGAUAAUUGGACUAAAGACGACCGAGCAUGCUCUACGCCAGCCCCGAGUGAGGGACCUAAUCAAUGCCAAGGAGACAAAGGGAGUGUUUGAUCUACUGCUGGCCGAGCAAUUCUAUCAGGAGGCAUUCUUGGCCUUGGCCCAGGUAUAUCAAAUACCUGUUGUGACCACCAGCACAUUGGGCUAUGAGAAUCACAUGAGUCAAAUGAUGGGUUUGAUUACUCCCUGGUCGUUUGUGCCUCACGGAUUUAUGCCCUUUACCGAUCGCAUGAGUUUCUGGGAGCGUGUCAAGAAUAGUUAUGCCUCGCUUUAUGAGGAUUUAGAUCGGCUGCUUAACUAUUUUCCCAAAAUGGAUGCCCUAACCGAGCAACACUUUGGCCCUGUCUUAGACGGCAAGGUGCCAAAGGUCAGACACAUGGAGAGGCAAAUCUCGGCCAUGUUGCUCAACAGUCACGCACCAUUGACCACGGCACGUCCCACUGUGGACACAAUGAUUCCAGUGGGCGGUAUGCAUAUCUAUCCCCCCAAGACAUUGCCCCCGGACAUGCAAAGUUUUCUCGAUGGGGCCACAGAUGGUGUGAUUUUCUUCAGCCUGGGCAGCAAUGUUCAAAGCAAGGACAUGCCCGAGGAUAUGCUGCAUUUAUUUCUCGAUGUCUUCGCCUCACUCAAACAGCAGCGUGUCCUUUGGAAAUUUGAGGACAAACGUUUGGGACAAUUGCCAGAGAAUGUGAUGAUAAGAAAAUGGUUCCCACAAGCAGAUAUUCUUGCUCACAAAAAUGUCAGGGUUUUUAUUACCCAUGGAGGACUAUUUGGCACCCAAGAAGGUGUCCACUAUGCUGUCCCCAUGCUGGGCAUACCCUUCUAUUGUGAUCAGCAUUUGAAUAUGAACAAAGCGGUGUUGGGUGGCUAUGCCAUUAGUUUGCAUUUCCAAUCGAUUACCAAGGAUAUUCUCACCCAAUCCCUGCUACAAUUACUCCACAAUGUCACCUACAAGGAAAAUGUGCAGCGAGUGUCCAGGAUCUUUCGCGACCGCCCAGUGGAGGCCCGUAAAAAUGCCGUCUACUGGAUUGAGUAUGUCAUCCGGCAUCAAGGAGCUGCCCAUAUGCGUUCAGCUGGUCUGGAUCUCAAUUGGGUUCAGUUCUAUCUACUCGAUGUCAUUGCCUUUGUGGUCAGCAUCGUUUUGGUCUCUCUCUUUGGGCUCUGGUUGGUCAUUCGCCAUUUUAAGGGUGCUGACAAAAAGCAAAAUAAGUUUAAAAAGCAAUGAUUUUUAUAUCAAUUUCGUCACAAAUAUUUCUACUCAUAACCGCUUAAAAAAAUCUUUGUAUUAAUUUUCUUUGUACACCUAGACCUCACUUUGCGUUGGGGAUACGUUCCAAAAAAACACGACGCAAACUGAAACGACGCAAAGUGAAUUAAGAUU